AUGAAGUUCAUGGUGGUGCUGGUGGGCGCUGGUGCGCUCGCCUUCCUCGGGGCAGUCAUCUGCAUCAUCGCCAGUGUUUAUCCACGGAAAAGGAGCGUGGUUGACUCGGACAACAGUACCUCCUCGGAGGGCCUGUUGAGGCCCUUGGAAGCAGAGGCCGUGGCUCAGGCGGGGCCCCUGGGCGCUCUGCAUGGGGGCUCGUCUUAUGACAGCGGUAACGCUCUAGGGCUGGACCUGCCCAGUCUCAAUGAGUUGGGCCAGACUCCCCCACUCAGCUUCAGCCGCCUAGUGUGCACGCCGCUGCCGCUAACAGACUGCGGCCCACGGGACAGCCUCCAGGCAGACCAGGCUCCGGAGGAGGACUGGAGCUCCCUGCGCGUCACUGCGGACGAGCUACAGCAGCUCAUCCGACAGCAGAACCAGCAGAUCCUCAUGGACCAGCGGACCAUCCAGGAGCUCACGGGAAAACUCAGCGAGUGUGAGAGCGGCCUGGAAGAGCCUGCUCCCGAACACAGCGUGGACGUGUGGAGCGCGAACCGCCGCAUUAUGGCAGGGGAUGAGGUGGGCUCUACUGCCGCACAGCUGCAGACGGCCCGGGCUGUGGAGGAGCUGGCCCGGGCCAUCAUGGACCUGAAGGACCGCAUCGAGAAGCUGGAGGCAGAGAUUGGGCCCCCAACUCUGAACCGCUCCAGCUCUGAUUCCUUCCCUGGGGCCAGUCCAAGAAAGGGGAAGCCCUCUGUGACCCCCCCUUCUCCCCCCGCUGGAUCCCCAGGCCUACACAGACCUGUCCACCCAGCCAAGCCUUCUUCUAAGGGCCCUGCCAGACCCAAAGGCCCCAAGAGAGUGGAGGACCUGGAAGGAGAGCUGGAGAGGAAGAUCAAGGAGCUGGAGAAGGAGAGGGAGAGCAUGAGGAAGCAGACUCAGGACCCCCAGCACAAAGGCAGCCCGGGAGGGGACCCAGUCAGCCCGCUGCAAAACGGUCUGGGAGAAGCGUCUUUCCCAGAGGGAUUUGUGAUGUCCUUCCCCAUGCGCACUAACUACAUGUACGGGGUGGUGCGGCGGGAGGUCACAGAGAUGUAUGCCUUUACUGCCUGCCUGUGGCUCCGCCCCACAGAGGGGGGCAUUGGCACACCCUUCUCCUACUCUGUCCCAGGACAGCCCAACGAGCUGGUUCUGCUACAGGGAGCACACAACCCUGUGGAGCUGCUCAUCAACGACAAGGUGGCCCAGCUGCCCUUGGACCUGCACCAGGACCAGUGGCAGCACGUGUGUGUGAGCUGGACGCUGCGGGACGGGGUGUGGAAGGCCUACCAAGGUGGCCAGCUGAAGGGCCGCGGAGAGGGGCUGGCAGCCUGGCACCCUAUCAAGCCUGGGGGAGUGCUAAUCCUGGGCCAGGAGCAGGACACAGUGGGGGGCCGCUUUGACGCGUCCCAGGCCCUGGUGGGAGAGCUGUCCCAGUUUAACCUGUGGGAUCGCGUGCUGAAGCCAGCCGAGGUGUCUGCCCUGGCCGACUGCAGCUCCCCCGCUCUAGGGAACAUUGCGCCCUGGACAGACCUGGACGUGGACGUGUACGGAGGGGCCACCAAAGAGUCCACCGAGCCCUGCUACGGGAGCCACAAGAGCCCCAACCAGUGA